ACUGCUUGGAGUGUCCAACAGGCUUCUAGUCACUUCUGUGUGGACAGCCUUACAGUCACUCCCCUGUGCCCAGCAGGGAGUUUCAAGCCCAGAGAGGGACUUCACACACCCAGCAGCAGUUCCUCAUGCUUGCCUGGAACUGGGCUGUGUUUGAGGUGCCCUGCUGGAUAUUUCUGUCCUGCUGGAGCAAAUCACCCAACGCCAUGCCAGCCAGGUACAUACAAUCCUCUCCAAGGACAGGACGAAGCCACUGACUGCAGACCCUGCCCGGCAGGGAGAGCUUGCACUCAGGCUGGACUAGCUCAGCCUGACUCGGAGUGCCUACCAGGGUUCGUGUGCCCAGUGGGGUCAUCCAGCCCUCAUUUUCCCAGCAACGCCUGUCCUCCAGGAACAGUUGGCAAUGACUUCAACCUCUUUGAUAAGUCCCAGUGUGAAACAUGCCCUGCUGGAUUUUUCUGUGUUAGAGGAACAGGGGGAAGACAGAAGCCUCCUGCUCCAUGUCCAGCUGGUCACUACUGCCCACCAGGCACAAAGCACUCAACGCAGCACAAGUGUGCCCCAGGCACCUGGAGCAAUAGGACGAGGUUGACAUCAGAAGAUGAGUGCUUGCUGUGCCCUGCAGGCUGGUUUUGUGUAGGAGGACUUCAUGUCCCUUCUGGCAUGUGCAGCUCAGGGCAUUACUGCCCUCAAGGUACACGGAGAAGCACACAGUACCCCUGCCCUGCUGGAACUUACAGUACCAGGCUGGGAAAUGGCAGAGUGGAAGACUGCGUGGUCUGUCCUUCAGGGGCUUUCUGCACCAGGGGAACCUCCAAGCCAGUUCUUUGCCCAGUAGGAACCUAUCGCAUGGAACAUGGUGCAAAAGUGGCUGCAGAUUGUGUCCCUUGUCCUGGAGGGUAUUACUGCCCUGAACUUGGCACUGUUACUCCUCGAACAUGUGGUGCCGGCAACUUUUCAGACCAAGGUUCAGCCUCCUGCUUGCCGUGUGUUGUUGGACAUUACUGUGCCAGUGAGCACACCAGCCGGGAGGUGAUGCUGCGUGCCAUGAUUUGCCCAGCAGGUCUCCUGUGCCCCAAAGGACAGGCAGUCGCUCCAGAUACCAGUAAAAAUGCCUGCCCAAGAGGAUACUACUGUCCCCAGGGAGAUGCUGGCUUGCCUGCUAAACCUUGCCCCAAUGGGACCUAUGGUGAGCAGAAGGGUCUAAGCAGUGCUGAGGAAUGCUUGCUGUGCCCUGCAGGGAAGUACUGCUACAGAGCUGGGAUGGAGCCUCCGGGAAUUCCCCACCCUACUGGGGAUUGCCCACCUGGCUAUAACUGCCCUCCAGGGACUGGAUUCCCUUUCUCCUUCCCCUGUGCACCAGGCUUCUUCUGGGAUAAUUCCAAUGCUGAGGGUGAGGAGAGGUGCAAACCAUGUCCAGCUGGCUCCUACUGUGACACUCCUGCCAUGUCAGAGCCCAAAGCUUGUCCAGCAGGCUUUCACUGUGGCAAAGGCAGCUCUAGACCUGAGCCCUGCCCAGAGGGCACCUACAGUAACAAGAAGGGGCUGUCGGGGCCAUCAGAGUGCAGCCCGUGUGGCCGUGGUUUCUACUGUGCUGCUCCAGGACAGACUGGGCCAAGCGGUCCCUGCCAGGCUGGGUUCUACUGCCAGGGCAGGGCUCUGACUCCCUUGCCCACAGAUGGUGUGACAGGAAACGUGUGUCCCCCUGGGGCAUACUGCCCACCUGCGUCCCCCUUACCUGUCCCCUGUCCUCCAGGAACCUACAGCAACAGGAGUGGAUUGAGAAACCUCCAUGAGUGCUUGGACUGCCCGCCCGGCCUUUAUUGUGAUGGGACAAACAGCCAAGCUCCCUCAGGACCAUGUGAACCUGGCUACUUCUGUACAGGAGGGGCCAAAAGUGCUCUUCAGCAGUUGGUCAUGGAGGGGCAUUAUUCCUUAACAGGAGCUUUCAGGCCAGAGCCAUGUCCUCUUGGCAGCUUCCAGCCUGGCCGUGGGCAGUCUCUUUGUAGGGACUGUCCAGAGGGUACAUUCUGCAAUGAGACGGGCUUGUCUGAAGCCCAACCUUGUCCAAAAGGCAGUAUGUCUGGCCAAGAUGCUCCUGGACAACCCUGUGCACAAGGCUAUUACUGCACGGGAAGGACAAAGACUGCAAAGCCAGAGGAUGGUGUCACUGGAAAUAUCUGUCCUCGAGGACAUUUCUGCCCUGCAGGCUCAGCAGCACCUUCUCCCUGCCCCAGUGGAGAAUACAGUAAUGCAACAGGUCAAGACAAAUGCUUUCCUUGCCCUGCUGGGUUUCACUGUCCAAAAGGACUAAGACACCACUGUCCUCCUGGCUUCUAUUGCCCUCAGAAAACUGGAAUCCAUUUGUAUCCUUGUCCCCCCGGGACUUACAAUCCCUCUUAUGGACUCAGCCAGUCUGAGAGGUGUCAGCAGUGCCCUGCAGGAAUGUUCUGUGGAGACUGGGGUUUAUCCUCUCCAAGUGGUCCCUGCUGGCCAGGAUUCUUCUGCACAGCAGGAGCAAGUGUCCCAAACCCUAAUGGAGCCACAAACACGAGCACUGGGGGCCCAUGCCCACCUGGCCACUUCUGCCCAGCUGGCACAAGUAUCCCACAGCAGUGCCCUGUGGGCACUUACUCAGACAGGCUGUACAUCGGGCAGGAGUCCAGCUGCACAGCGUGCCCAUCUGGCUAUUACUGCCGCUCUGCUGGCCUCACAGCACCCUCAGGACCCUGCUCAGCAGGGUACUAUUGCCUCUCUGGAGCUUCCUCGCCAUCACCACCUGGUGUGUGGGAGAAAGGAGGCCCUUGUCCUGUGAGCCACUUCUGUCCCGAAGGAACCAGCUUUCCCUUAGCGUGCCUUGCAGGGACUUACAACAACCUCACCAGACAAGCUGUGUGCUUUCCUUGUGCAGCAGGCUACUACUGCCCAGAAAAUACUACCAGCUACAGCGCGAAUCCAUGCCCAGCUGGCUUUUACUGUCCCAGAGGAGGCUGUGCUGAGGGGUUCUGGUGCAAAAGUGGUGCCAAAGUAAGAAAUCCUCAAGAUGGAAAAUCAGGACUUCCUUGUCCACCUGGUCAUUAUUGUCCGGAAGGUGCACCACUUCCACUAGAGUGCCCUCCUGGCACUUGGUCUGGCACUGAAGGCGGCAGCAGUUUGCAGGAAUGCCAGCCUUGCCCUGGGGGAUACUAUUGCAAUAGCUCUGGACAGAGGGCUCCCACAGGACCCUGCAGCCCAGGGUAUUACUGUGUCACCAGGGCCCAGACCCCAACACCCACGGAUGGCCUCUCAGGAGCUCCAUGUCCAGUCAAUCACUUUUGUCCUCUUGGAUCCAGGAGUCCAGCACCAUGUCCUGCUGGCUCCUAUAAGCCACAGACACAUGGAGAGAAGUGCCAUGCUUGUCCAGAGGGUGAAUACUGUGUCUCUGGGGAGAAGCCAGAGCCAUGCCCGCAGGGGCACUUCUGUCCCAAGGGCACAGCUCUUCCAAUGGCUUGUCCAGCAGGGUCAUAUAACCCCUCACGAAGGCAAUCCAGCUGCCUCCCCUGUCCUGAAGGGUUCUUCUGCCCCCAGAAUUCCUCUUCAUUUUUGGAGAAUGAAUGUUCAGCUGGCCACUACUGCCCUGUCGGUACUGCUGCUGCCGCUCAGUUUCCAUGCCCUAAGGGCACUUACAACCCACAAAAUGGAAGCAGCCUGCUGUCUCACUGUACCCCCUGUGACCCAGGGCACUACUGUGCACUGCCGGGGCAGUCGCAUGUUACAGGAGCCUGCUGGGCUGGGUUCUACUGCAGUGGAGGCGCUUCUAGUCCAACACCUACGGAUGGUCUCCUGGGGGACACAUGCCCCAAGGGAGCUUACUGCCCUGUGGGCACUGCCUUGCCACGGCCAUGUCCUCCUGGUUACUACAGCAACUCAACUGGGAAUACUGGGAUUGAGGACUGUCUCCUGUGCGAUGCAGGGUAUUUCUGCAAUGGGACUGGACUUCUAUCUCCAACUGGAUUAUGCGAAGCUGGAUUCUACUGUAGUGGAGGAGCCAUUUCUCCUAAACCUCCCAGGAUAACAAUCGGUGGAGGACCGUGCCCACCUGGACAUUACUGCAUGGUGGGGAGCAGCAGAGCCCAGCCUUGCCGUGCAGGGAGUUAUAACCCAUCCUGGAGUAUGGCACAGUGUUUGGAGUGCCCAGAAGGUUUUUACUGUAAGACUGCUUCCACAAACUACACAGAUUGCCCUGCAGGUCCCUGUGAGGCUGGCUUCUACUGCACAGGGGGUUCUACGCUCCCAAACCCUAUGGGUGGAGGAGUGGGGAACAUCUGUCCUCGAGGUCACUUCUGUCCUGCAGGAAGUUCCUCUCCAUCUCCGUGUCCCCAAGGAUCGUGUUAUGCUGGCUAUUUCUGUGAUGCUGGGUCCACACAGCCGGACCAUAAGCAGUGCCCCCCUGGCUCCUACUGUCCUGAAGGCUCUGAAUCCCCAGUCCCUUGCAGCCCUGGGCACUUCAACUCUGACAAUGGAAAAUGGCAAUCAAGAGAUUGCCAGCUCUGCCCUGCUGGGUAUUUCUGUAGUGGUUCUGGAGCACGUACACCUGAGCUGUGCCCUGCUGGGUACUUCUGUCUGCCAGGUACCAACUUCAGUGCACAGCAUCCGUGUCCGAAGGGAACCUUUGGCCCCAGGGCUGGUGCCACUAGUAGCUCUGACUGCGAGCCCUGCCCAGCAGGCAUGUAUUGCUCAGCACCAGGUCUUUCCCAGCCUUCUGGAUUGUGCUACCCGGGUUAUCACUGUGCCAGUGGAGCCACCAGCCCAGCACCCUUCAAACACAGGGUGGAAUCUGCUGGCCUUGGUGUGCCUAGUAAUGACAUCUGUCCUGUCGGGCACUUCUGCCCCAGUGGUACAGGGUAUCCCCUGCCCUGUCCUCCUGGAUCCUUCUCUGCUGUAACGGGCCUGGAGGCAGAAGAGCAGUGCCAGCCCUGCCCAGCAGGACGGUAUUGCAGUGGGGCAGGAUUGUUUGAUCUGGCUCAGACGUCGCUGUGUAACGCAGGGUGCGGUGAGAAAGUCACUUGUUAGUGGGAAAAUAUAGCUGACGGGAUUACUGUAGGUUAAAGCAGGCUCUUGUGUGCAAAUAUUUAUACUCAAGAUUAAUUAAACUGCAAAGACUUUGUUCUUAGCCCUCCAGGUUGGCCAUACAGCAUCUGCUUGGUGAUCUCACUGAAUGGCCUCAAAGCUAUUCCUUCUCCCUCUACGUUUGCCUCACAUUCUGUCCCAGCUUUAUACAUGGUCUUUUACCAUUUUCCCCAUAGUUUUAGUUUGUUACAAAACCCUUACUUAGUCUCAUAAUUAGACUUGAAGAGCAUUUGACCUGGGCAUCCUUUUCCCUAUUCUGUGUUUUAUCUCUUUUCCCACGAGGUGGUGCAAUAACCACUGGCAAGCCAGCAGUCCUAGCCUGCGUAACACAGGCAGAAGAGUGCUGUUAGCAACAUUUGGCCCUCUCAGGAGUACGCCAUCGAGCAGGAGGCUGCAGAAGCUCGGUUCAUUUAAUCUGUGAAAGAGAAGCUUAGAAGUGAUUUCAGCGUAGUGUAACAGAAUUUAGUAGGGAAGAAUUUGUGAUAGCAGACAGCCCUUCAAUCUACUAGAGAAAAUCAUAACGCAGCUGUAAUCUAGCUAGAAGCUGAAGCUAAACUCAGAUUAGAAGUAAGGGCUACAUUUGGAAGAACUAAAAUAAUUAGCCACAGGAACAAAAUUCCUGGGAAAAAGGGGUAUUUACCACAUCCUAGUUAAAUUUUAAGCCUUCCUAAGAAUUCCUUUAACUUGAGGAAGAUGUGACAGCCUGGCUGCAACAGUACCGGGGAAGGUUUUCUGGCCUGGGUUAUAAGGAACAUUAUGUGAGUAUAAAUGACCCUUGGCUUACAAAAUCUUUGAAGUUCUUGUCCUCCAACUGGGUACAAUUUGUGUUUUGUCCAGGCUGCUUUCCAACACAUCUAUCAUGUAGAAUCCGUCAGCUUUCAUAGCCUGCUACUCAGCCUAGGGGGUGUUGCUUGUGGGGAAACAAAUGACAGGCAGCUCUGCUGUUCUGCUUAACGCUGUUCCUUUUACACUCAGUCAUUGUCUUAAGGGAUUGUUUCUUCUUUAGAAACUGCAUCUGCAGCAUUCAGUAGGACCAUGGCUCUCAUUUUCUUGUUGCUUAGCUCCUGGAAACCAUAAUAUUUUUUUAAUAUUUCCUCAUCUGUACUUACGAGUAUGUGGCAGAGGGGCGGUAAAGGGCAGAGUCAAUGUAGAAAUAGAUGACAUUAAGGCAGAGGCCUACAAGAAGAUCGAAGACAAAAUGAGACUAAGCAAAAACAGCAGGAACUGAACACUUAG